AUGGAUUUCAUCAGCUCCAUGCCAGACGAUAUCCUCCACCAUAUCCUCUCUUUUACUCCCAUUAAACUCGCGAUCAUAACGUCCGCCUUGUCCAGAAGAUGGAGGCAUGUAUGGUGCGAGACACCAUGUCUCGACUUUGAUAGAUACGAUGGGGCUCGAGAAAUAAACCAAACCCUAAAUUCCUACAGGGCUCAGAAAAUCAUGAGUUUCGAUCUUAGCUUGCCCGAAUGUUUCCCUGAACCACAAAUCGAUAGCUGGAUCGAGUUCGCCAUGUCCCGAAUGUGGAGAAGAUGUCUUUGA